UUACAAAUAGACGAUCUGCGUGCAGCCGGCCGCUCGCGCUCAUGCCCGCUGUGCUGUCUGACUCCGGGAGGAUGGACGGUGUGUCGUUGGGUCUGGUGGCCAUACCGGCCUCACCGCUUCCAGCCUGUACCACCGAAUCAGAGGAGGACACGGUCAAUGGAGGGAUGCACACCUUCAACCAGACGCACAUGAGGAAAGCGUUUCAGCUGAUGAACGACCUAAGGAGUAAAAAAAUGCUGUGCGACGUCCAGCUGGUGGCCGGAAGUGUCGAAGUGCCAGCUCACAGGGUGGUCUUGGCAUCCUGUAGCCCUUACUUCUGUGCCAUGUUCACAGGCGAUAUGAGUGAGAGUAAAGCUCACCAGGUGGAGAUCAGAGAGGUGGACGGUCAGACCCUGAGAAAACUGGUGGACUACAUUUACACAGCAGAGAUAGAAGUCACAGAGGACAAUGUCCAGGUACUGCUGCCUGCAGCCAGUCUCCUCCAGCUGAUGGAUGUCCGUCAGGUUUGCUGUGAAUUCCUGCAGUCUCAGCUUCAUCCCACCAACUGCCUGGGCAUCAGAGCCUUUGCUGACCUUCAUACAUGCACGCAGCUUCUCAACCAGGCCCAUGCUUACGCUGAGCAGCAUUUCACUGACGUGGUGCAGGGUGAGGAGUUUCUGAGCCUUUCUCUCCAGCAGGUGUGCAGCCUCAUCUCCAGUGACAAACUCACUGUGUCAACGGAAGAAAAGGUGUUUGAGGCAAUGAUAUCUUGGAUCAAACAUGAUAAACCAGCUCGUCUGGAGUACAUGCCCAAACUAAUGGAGCAUGUCAGACUUCCACUGCUGUCCAGAGAUUACCUGGUACAGAUCGUCGAGGAAGAAGCUUUGAUAAAGAACAACAAUACCUGCAAAGAUUUCCUCAUAGAAGCGAUGAAGUAUCACCUGUUGCCUGCUGACCAGCGUCACCUCAUAAAGACAGACAGGACACGACCACGAACUCCAAUCAGCAUCCCAAAGGUGAUGAUUGUGGUGGGUGGUCAGGCUCCUAAAGCCAUCCGCAGUGUGGAGUGUUACGACUUUGAGGAAGAUCGUUGGUAUCAAGUGGCCGACCUGCCUUCAAGACGCUGUCGGGCAGGUGUUGUUUCUAUGGCAGGACGAGUAUACGCAGUCGGAGGGUUCAACAGUUCGCUGCGGGAGCGGACGGUGGACGUGUACGAUGGAGCGCGAGACCAAUGGAGUGCGGCGGCGAGCAUGCAGGAGAGACGUAGCACGCUGGGAGCUGCUGUGCUCGGCGAUUUACUGUAUGCUGUGGGAGGCUUUAAUGGAAGCAUAGGUUUGUCAACAGUCGAGGUGUACAACUAUAAAACAAACGAGUGGACAUAUGUCGCCUCUAUGAACACCCGACGCAGCAGCGUGGGGGUAGGCGUGGUUGAUGGUAAGUUGUAUGCUGUAGGGGGUUAUGAUGGAGCAUCACGCCAGUGUCUCAGUACAGUAGAAGAAUAUGACCCGGCUUCUAAUCAGUGGUGCUACGUAGCUGAGAUGAGCACACGGCGAAGUGGUGCAGGUGUGGGUGUGUUGGGCGGCCAGCUAUAUGCAGCAGGAGGACAUGACGGUCCUCUGGUGAGGAAGAGUGUGGAGGUGUAUGACCCACAGACCAACAUCUGGAGGCUGGUCUGCGACAUGAACAUGUGUCGACGAAACGCAGGAGUCUGUGCCAUUAACGGGCUGCUGUACGUGAUUGGUGGAGAUGACGGGUCCUGCAACCUUUCUUCUGUAGAGUUUUACAACCCGGCCACGGACAAGUGGAGCCUCAUUCCCACCAACAUGAGCAAUGGACGCAGCUAUGCUGGGGUCGCGGUGAUCGACAAGCUGUUAUGACAGCAUCGGCUCCACGUCAGCAGUCAGCUUCAGAGACUCUCGCUCUCAUGUCAGAAGCUCAGCAAGCAAACAGGAAAGUGAUGAAAACAUGAGACACCCUCAGUCCUCUGUUAACACAAUCAGAUUUUUUUUUUUUUUUUAAUUAACCUUAGGGGUGUAAACCCAAACCUGGCUCCCCCCCACCUUGGCAUUUCUGUUCAAGAUCCUGAUGUUUGCGGACCCUGUUGCACUGGGAAAGAAGCAGCAACCACAGGACAGUGGGCUUUUUCAAAUGCUAAGCACAUAACUAGCAAGCAGCUGUAUCAGCUGUAUUAAGACUUACAGGAAGGAACUGAUACUAGUGGACCAAAUGAAGAGAUUUUUAAAUGCUCAGUGUUGUGCCAGGACUGAGUCGGACCUGGAGCUUCAAAACGCCAGCUGGGGGGAAAACGCAAAACUAAACACUGACUUGAUCGACCGACUGCACAAAGGCUGCUCACAACAUUACUGCAAUAAUCUACAUGCUACAACACUCGCCUAUGAUUGGAUGCUGCAGGAGCAUUAUUCAAAAAAGUCUAAUCUGUGAGCAGCUGAGACUUUUUUUAAAUUUUUUUUUUUUAUUUUAAUAUCAAGUCUUGUCCCUGCUUCUUAUGGCAACUCUUCUCUCGGCUUCAGUCUGAGCACUGAGUUGAGCCGUUGGAUUCAGUGGUUAGAAACAUGGCUCCAGGAAGCCUGGACCAAGAGAGCUGCAAAGAUGGUGUAAAGAAUGUAGAAAAUAUGCAAAAUAAGAAUCAUAUUUAAUAUUUUUGGGGCUGAGAACCAGGCCGCUUGAUCUGGAUCGACAUGCUGGGACUUUGAUGCUGUUGUCAACACACUACUGAAGCACUGAUCACUUGCACUGACUGACUGCAGACCGGCGGGCUUACGUACCAAUGGGCCCGUCUCUCUGACUGACCGAUGAACUUUAAUCGCUGACCUGCUGUUACAGACGGCUGCUCAGCUGUUUGUUCCUGAUCGUACUCACAGGAGCUUUUUAAACUCACCUCUUAAAGGCCAAUAAUUGUAAAAAGACAGAAAAUAAUGUGCCAGUUUAGAUCAGAAUCAGAAAAAUGCUGGAGAUGUUUUUACUGCUUAACUAAAAUUAUGAACUGUGUCAAAAUGCACUGUAGUAAUUCAGCUGUAAAGUGUAAAAGAUGCAGAUUUAAGGUUUUUUUUUUUUUUUUUUUGGUUGAAUUUUAUCACAUAGCAUUUAACCACAUCCAAGUCUUACCCUGAUAAUGUCACUAUACCCCCAUCUGGAUGAUGGUGGGUAUAUUUUUCGAUGUAGUUAUUUAGCUAACUGACUGGUGCCAUGGCUUUGAUUUGAAGCGUUUUAUAAAAGCAGUUUUAUGAACGGUCAGUCUUCUUAAUUUCUGUUUUUUCCCAGGAAUGGUGGAUCUAUGGAGUCAUUUGGUUAUCAUUUCAAAGCAAUCUUACAGAGAAUUAUAAAAGUACUAAAACUUUUUUUUUUUUUUUUUUGUUCGAGUUGGUUCAGGUUCUUAAAAUUUCAAACUUGGUGUGACUUGAAUUUGCUUGAGAUACAUGAAGAGAUCACUGUGACAUGAUCUGGAGAGCUGGAGUUAGAUCUGGACACCUUUUUAAAUACUGUCGUACUCCAGGUAGAUGGAUCGAGCUGUGAGGUGGACUUAGGAGUCCAUCUUUGUGCAGGUGCAAAUGUGCUGACAUGCAGAAGACUCCCCGUGAUGAGCAGCUCUCUAUUUGUUCAUGUCUUGCACUGUUUGAAACCAUUCACCACUUCCCACAUUACACUCCAAGCUGGUGCGAUAGGUGAACUAUGUUUAUUAAAAAAAAAGUUUUUAAUUUUUUAAAAUCUUUUAAGGGCACUACUUUAAGCACAGAUUACACUUUGAGUUUUAGACACUUAAGAGUUAAAACUUUAGAGAAACACUGUUGGCAGCAAUAAGAGGUGAUUUCAAAGCCUCCCAUCAGCACUUAAACUCAAAGGUUUUAUUUUCUUAUUUUUACCACCUUUCUAAGCACUUCACCUAAAAAUGAAACCUACCCGCACUCUCUAACAUCUAUCUCGAGCAAAUUUAAGUCUUUUUUUUUUUUUUUUUUUUUUUAAAUGUUCACAUUUCUCUGCAGUAACCAGAAGCACUCGGAAGAAAAAAUGAUUUUUUUUGUUUUGUUUUUAGCCUGAAUAAAGCUAUUAUAACAAUAUGCAGUUUCCUGUAGAUGGGCUGUGUCCUGGCAAACUAAAUCCAUUUGAUUGUGAUGACUUUAUUAAAGCUUCAGGUUAUAAUAAUGUUCUUACAGCAGAUGUUAUAUUUUU